AUGCAAACCGGCUUUGUGUCAGCGAAUGGACCGAUUUACAAUAAUCUGAACAAUUCCCGACGAUCGAUCUCCUCCACCCUUCGCGCCACGCCUCCGCCCCCAAAAGGUUCCCAGAUGGCCUCUUUCAACAUGUCGAACGGUGCACGCGGGAGUUUUGGGGGAUAUGAUGGGACGACCGAGAAUGGUUCUAUGAUGUCUUACCAGGAGGAAUACAAACCACAGAUAUAUCGCGCUGUCUACUCUAAUGUAUCCGUCUAUGAAAUGGAAGUCAAUGAUGUUGCAGUCAUGAAACGUCGCGCAGAUUCAUGGUUGAAUGCGACUCAGAUUCUGAAAGUUGCCGGAGUCGUCAAGGCUCGCCGAACAAAAACACUCGAGAAAGAGAUUGCCGCGGGUGAACAUGAAAAAGUGCAAGGUGGAUAUGGGAAGUAUCAGGGUACAUGGGUGAAUUACCACAGAGGCGUCGAGCUGUGUCGUGAAUACCACGUGGAGGAACUACUGCGACCUCUGUUGGAAUAUGAUAUGAGUCCAGAUGGCCCUGGAGGCCCCUCACAAGGUACACUGGACACACCAACGAAAGAGCAAGCAAUGGCAGCGCAGCGCAAACGAUUGUAUAGCGGGACCGACAGCCGGAGUUCAUCCCAACCGCAACAGGGUACAUUUUUUCAGAAUAUUUCACGUACUGCAGCAACGGCUGUGAAUGCUAUUAGCAAAGCUCGGUUUGACUCCCCGAGUGCUAAUAGCAGGCGUCCCAGCGUGAUACGGAAACCUUCGCAACAAAUGAGCAGUCAAGAAUCGCAAAUGGCCUUUAGCAGUCAACAAAGCAUGUAUGGCAUGCCCGACAGCGGCUUUAGUAGCUUGCAGAAUCGUUACUUGAGCCAGGAUGAUAAUGAUGAUUUCGCCGAACCCCCACGCAAACGAGUCCGCUCAUCUUCACACCACGGCCCGUCAAUCGGACUGCACAGAGAGCCGUCCAAUUUGUCUAUGCAUGAACCCACUCCCACUGAACCAAACGAAUCUUUCUACCAAGAUAACGACCUCCCGCCCCCGCCUAUGGACGAUGGACAGAAACGCGGUGUUGAGGCUCUCGGUCCCGCUACUACGCCAGAGAAGUUUCAAAAAAUGAAAUUGAUAAUGACUCUGUUCCUCGAUAAGCGGACAAAAGACUUCACCAACCACCCCGCUCUGAUCCAGUUGACUGGUGAAGAUCUUGAGAUUCCACUCGACGAAUACCGAAACAACGCUCUCCAUUGGGCUGCUAUGCUUGCACGCAUGCCUCUCGUCCAUGCACUAGUGGCACGAGGAGCCAACGUUUCCCGUGUGAAUGGAGCUGGAGAAACUGCUUUGCAGAAGUCUGUGGGUACCAGGAAUAACCUUGACUAUCGAAGCUUUCUCCGACUGCUCCAAAUACUUUCACCAACCAUCGAUAUGGUUGAUUAUAGUGGUCGAACAAUUCUACAUCAUAUUGCUGUCAUGGCAGCAACAGGUGGAGGAGGGCAUGUUUCUGCUAAGCACUACCUUGAAUCCCUCUUAGAAUUCAUUGUCCGACAUGGAGGAAUUACAGGAAAUACUUCAAAUACCAAUGGUGACCAUAAGCAAAAUGGAUCUCAUGAAAGUGAUGUCAUUUCGCUAGGUCGCUUCAUUUCAGAGAUUGUCAAUUUACGCGAUGAUCAAGGCGAUACCGCCCUGAACCUUGCAGGGCGGGCGCGCUCAGUUCUCGUCCCACAACUUCUGGAAGUCGGAGCCGACCCUCAUAUUCCCAAUCACACUGGUCUCCGACCCGCUGAUUAUGGAGUUGGCGUUGAUAUGGUUGAUGGUAGUGCUCAGUCACAACAAGCCGAUGGUCGGGGUGAUACCUUCAUUGACCAGCUGGCGAAAUCUAAGAAGGAAAUCCUCGAUGCGACAAUGUCUCAAAUCAGUACUAUGGUUGAGGAAGCACUUGGAGGAAUCGACCGAGAGCUAGCCUCAAGCUUGACACAAAAACAAGAAAAGUUCGAUCUUUGGCAUGGCAAAAUCAGAGAAUCCGCGAAGGCUCGCCAGAUCGAACAAAAAGAGCUUGAUGAGCUUAAAAAGAAGGGUACCGACCGAGUAGAACUCGAGCGACGAAUCAAGAACAUGGAACGUUCCUCUGAGGGCUUGAUGGAGACAUUGAAGCUUACUCAGGGUAUUGAUUCGUCUAGUAUCGCCAUUGUUGGGGAUGCCGACCAGGAUUCGGGGGUGGAGGUUGCAGCCUUUGAUACGUUAUUUAGAGACAGCUUCGAUCCAUCAUCUGGGUUCUCUGACCAACAAAUUGCCUUCCUGGCCGCAUUGUCUCCCCCAGACAUCAUGUCACAUCGACUGGAACUAUACCAGGGGUUUCUUGCCAGUGUGACAGAAGAGGUUGAUAAUCUUAAAGCCAAGAAUGCAGUUCUAGGGGAAAACUACCGGCGCAUGGUGAUGGCAUGUACAAACUGGACUGCCGAGCAAGUGGAUGAGGCAGCAGAAGGCCUGACUCAGUGUGUUAAGGAUCUGAACGAUAAUCCGGUCCCAGAGGAUGAGGCUAUUGAGAUUCUGAUGCGCGAUCGCGGUCAGGACUGGUAA